AUGGAGGCCGGCAGGGCGCCGCUGACGGAGGAAGACAUCCGGGAAAGAGUCAGCUUGCGGCCGGAGGACCUCGCUCAUGUCAGGGUAUUGUCCCUGCCUGGAACUUACCAUGAAAAGAUAACUCAUCUAGGAAGCUCCUUGAAAAACUUUAUUCAUCUGAAAUCUCUUGACCUCUCAAGGAAUGCUUUGAUUUCCUUGGAGGGCCUUCAGCAUCUCACAAGCUUAGAAAAGCUGAAUCUCUAUUUCAAUCGCAUUUCCUCGCUCUCAGAAGUGUUUCGCCUCCAAACCUUAACAGCGCUGCAGGAAGUGGACCUCCGACUGAAUCCUGUCAUUAAAAAUGAAUCGGAUUAUCGUCCUUUUGUUGUGCACAUGCUCCCCAACCUCAGGCAACUGGAUGACUGUCCUGUGAGAGACCGUGAGCGAAAAGCCUCCCUUUUGCAUUUCACUCCAGAGCAAGCGUAUGAAUUCCAGAAGCCCCCUGAGGCACCAGAGGAGCCCCAAACAGAGAGCACGUCCAUCCAUAAAAGAGCAGAGUACGUUUACUCCCUGUCCAAGAAGUGCUCAGUGAUGGACGAAGAUGAUGAGGCCGUCCUCAACCUAAUUGCCAAGUGCGAGCACGUCUUAAGUAAGCCUCCGGGAGUGACCGGCUCAACUAAAAGGGACCCUGAGGUUCAAUUUCACAUUUCAAACAUUUUUUCUUCUCAAGAAGGUAGACACUUGCCUGAUUCGCCAGUGUCACCAGUUGCUGUGAAUCGGAAAAAAAGCGUCAAUGUGGCAUUUUUAGACUCAUCCCACUUACAGAAUACGCUGCCGGGCGAGGGAGCAUCGUUAGAACAUCUUCUGGACCUGGUUGACAAAUACUGGAACGGUUGCCGAUCACUUCACUGUAAUGAGGAAUUUCUUACUCAGGCAGGCAUGGUUUUAUCUGCCAUCCAGAAAGGUGAAGACGACCGGCCACCUUCCCAUUUUGAGGACCAAGCGCUUCCAAACCUCCUCUUAGAGGACAAGCUUUUGCCGGAGCUUCUGUUUGAGCGAGAGGAACAGCACAGCAUCCAAAUCAAAAGCCUGAAGGCAGAACUGAGCAGCAAGAAGAAAGAUCUGGAUAUCUUGAAGGAGCAUUUGCAUCAGGUAUUGGAAGAAAAUGAAAUACUAAAAGCGUGUCAGGCUGAAGUGACCAAAAAUGCCCAGAGUGCGGAUGCUGCUAAUGCGCAGCGGUUACAGAUCACCAAGCUUCAGAACCAAAACCAAUUGUUAACCAAGGAGAACGCCAGUUUGAAGCAGCGUCUCCAGCACUUUGACAAGUUGCAGGAGCUCACCCAGAUGCUCCAGGAAAGCCACAAGACGUUGAUUUCUACCAAUGAGUGCCUUUUAAGAGAACUGGAGGAGGCCCGUUCGCGUCAUGAGGUUGAAGUGGAGGAGCUACACUGGAGCUAUAAUCAGUUAAAGAUGACAAUGAAGCAACUUCCUUCUGCCAAGGCAGACAGCAGCAAGAGUUAA